AUGUCAUUGACAUUAAUAUCAUCAUCCAAAUGUCAUAAUGGAGAGGUGCGAAGAUAUAGUCAUCAAUCAGCUGUCAACAACUGCGAGAUGAAGUUCCAUGUCUUUGUCCCGGGUUGCAUCUCAGACAGACCUGUGCCAGUACUGUACUUCUUGAGUGGACUCACUUGCACAGAUGAGAACUUCAUUACAAAGGCAUGCGCUAUUCAAGGUGCAAACAGAGAGAACAUCAUGUUGGUGUGUCCAGAUACUAGUCCACGUGGAGCUGAUGUUCCAACAUCGACUAGUGAUUCAUUCAUUGGACUUGGUGCUGGAUUCUACAUUGACGCCACUCAAGAGCCAUGGUCAAAGAACUACCAAAUGUUCUCAUACAUCACCAGUGAGCUAUUCAACCUAGUUAGUUCAAACUUCAAUGUUGACAAGGAUAGACAAUCAAUCUUUGGUCACAGCAUGGGAGGUCAUGGUGCUUUGAUCUCUGCAUUCAAAAAACCUGGACAGUACAGGUCAGUGUCAGCAUUGGCACCAAUAUGUGAUGCACCUAUCUUCCCAGCUGUGACUGAGUACUUGGGCAAGGAUGUGUCCAAGCAUCAAGAGUAUUGUGCUCACUUGCUGGCGCGUACUUAUAAUGGUCCUCACCUGGAUAUAUUGGUGGAUCAGGGUACCAGUGAUGACUUCCUCCCCAAGCUCUUCCCAGAGCUGCUCAAAGAGGCGUGUGCCGCCAACACCCAACAUAUCACUCUCUCGCAUCACAUGCGCGAGGGAUAUCCACACAACUACUGGUUCAUACAGACCUUCAUCGAGGAUCACAUUGCCUUYCCAUGCCAAGCAUCUCAACAAUCAUCAUUAAACGCGUUUAAACAGGCGUGUGUGUGGUGUAGCUCGCUGGCUGGCUGGCAUCCCAUUACAUGUAUACACCUUUACCCGGGUCAUGUCGUUGAC